CAACCGUCGGACGGUUCGUGGCGGGAGCGGCGGAGAAUGUUGGGACGACCCGCGGGCGCAUUUAAAAGUUUUCUGACCCGUCCCCUGAGCUUUCGAUGUCUCCGGUUUCUGUGAAUGUGUGAAGACUGAAAGCAGUCCCCCCCCCCCCCCCCACAUACAUACACGAGUUGACCCCCUUUUGAGGCGGCGGCGAAGUCGAUGUGAAGAAGGCUCGAUGCGGUGAGGGAAGAUGGCAGCGCUGCGAGUCAAGGCGCCGGGCUGCUCCCCGGCCGAGGCCGCCUUACGCCUGCCGGUGUCGAAGGAAGGAGAGCCGCCGCAGCAGCCAGCAGCCGGCGUGGAAUUACCGCCUCCUCCUCCACCACCACCACCACCACCUCCUCCCCUUCCUCCUGCAGCCCGGGAUUACCGGUUGGAGGAGCUGGAAACCGUCGCUACUGUCGGGACUGGAACAUUUGGACGAGUUCUGCUAGUCAAAGACCAGAAGACCAGAGAAUACUGUGCUUUGAAAGUGAUGAGCAUUCCUGAUGUAAUCCGGCUUAAACAGGAACAGCAUGUGCACAAUGAGAAAAGUAUCUUAAGCGAGAUCCACCAUCCAUUUCUUAUAAGGCUAUACUGGACGCAUCAUGAUGAACGGUUUUUAUAUAUGUUGAUGGAAUACGUGCCUGGAGGAGAACUGUUUUCUUACUUGCGUAAUCUUGGACGUUUCAACAAUAGUUCUGGACUUUUUUACUCUGCAGAGAUUGUGUGUGCAAUAGAAUAUCUACAUGCCAAAGAUAUAGUUUACAGAGACUUAAAGCCUGAAAAUAUUCUACUGGACAGAGAAGGUCAUAUUAAGCUUACUGACUUUGGAUUUGCAAAAAAACUUGUUGACCGAACUUGGACACUCUGUGGAACACCAGAAUAUCUCGCACCAGAAGUUAUACAAAGUAAAGGUCAUGGGAGAGCUGUGGACUGGUGGGCAUUAGGUGUGCUGAUGUUUGAAAUGCUUUCAGGCUACCCACCAUUUUUCGAUGACAACCCUUUUGGCAUUUACCAAAAGAUUCUUGCUGGAAAAUUGGACUUCCCAAGACAUCUGGACUUCUACGUGAAAGACCUCAUCAAAAAGCUUCUAGUUAUUGACCGGACAAGACGAUUAGGCAAUAUGAAGAAUGGAGCAGAUGACAUUAAGCGACACAGAUGGUUUAAAUACGUGGACUGGGAAUCAGUGCCUCUAAGAAAACUAAAGCCACCAAUAGUACCGAAGCUAUCUCAUGAUGGGGACACUUCAAAUUUUGAAUCUUAUCCUGAAAAUGAGUGGAAAAAGAUCCCACCUGUUCCACCCAAGGAUCUGGAAAUUUUCAAGACUUUUUGAUUAUGCUACUAGACCAGAGCACUGAUGAGAAGUGUGACUAAACGGAACAUGCUCCAAGAAGGAUCAUACAUCAAAUUGCACAUUUUAUUCUUUCUUUUUGUUUUUGCCACGUGGCCUCCCUGUGCCUAUAUGACCUCGUCCUAGUAAGCACAUUGAAAGUUUCCAUUCAGAAACAUGGUUUGACUUAAGUACCUAUCAGUAGGCUGUUACUUAAAGGUGUACGUUAAAGGUUGGAGGUCUAAACUGGAAUUUUCUUUCCAUGAAAAUGUGGUAUAGAUUAUGUAAAAUAGAAAAACAGAUUUUUUUUAUAAUAACAAUAUUAUCGCAUGUCCUUUACAGCACCUGUUUUUAAUAAUUGAAUUCCUGCUUAUUCUAAAAUGUGGUAUUAUCCAGAUUUCUUUAUUAUUAUAAAAUUGCCUUGAUUGACAAGCACAAGUAUUUCCUUACAAUGAUUUAUUUUUUAAGAGAAGAAUUAUUUGUGUUUAUAGAGAUGUAAAACUAGGAUCGUAUCACUUUGUAAAUACAGAUAACUGAAGUGGAUGCACUAUGCAAGCAUAAAAAUCAAUUCGAAGUUUUAGGGUUUUUGUUUUGAGUAGAAUCAGAUUAAGGUUUUUAUGAAAGAUAUAUGUGUAUAAUUUUCUGUUUAAUGGGAUCAUCCUAAAUACCAGCAUUUUGCUAUUCUUUUUCUUAUUUGACACUGUAAGUAUUUGAUGCCGUAGUGCAAUGAGCUUCGGAGUUAUCACUGGCUCCUGUUGGCUGUACAUUGCAGAUUCAUUUAUUUUUCUGACCCUGGCUUACAAUUUGAUUACUGUAUUGUUCAUUGACAGAGUCAGAAUGCUAAUUGACCCCUUUACCAUGAUGUUAGCUUCAAUGUCAUUGAUUAGGAGUGUGGAGAAAUAACAAACAUUUCAGCAUUUUAAUUUUAAAAUUUCUUACCUAUUUCUUUCUUUUCUGGAAGUUGAACCAGAAAGCGUUUCUUGUAUCAAUUUCACUUCUUUUUUUUUCCCCAAAAUACAGAAUAUUGAGAGGAUGUAGAUGGGUAAGAAUUAUAACAGGUGGAAUAAACCUGUCUAUAUCUUGAGUAAAAAUAUUGGAAAGAGUAAUUUGACAAGUAUUGUACAUCUAUGUACCAGGUUUUAACAGUAAAGGAAAUAAUUUUUGUCUUGAUCAUGACACAAGGUUUCCAUUGUGUUUAUCUUGAAAAGUGCUUGAGUGCACUUUUUAUCAUGUGUUUAAUUGAUUGGAACAGCCCUAGCAAAACAGUAAUUUCUAGCUACUGUUGCAUUUGACCAUUCUUGUUUGAAAUAGGUUUACUUCCUUUUUACAGAAUGGCUACAUUGGUCAUCAACCAAUGUUCUAAAUAAUAUUUACUGUAUUACUUCUUAAUCAAGACUGUAGAUAAAUGAUCUCCAAUUCCUCUACUUGACUGGCAACUGUGUGAGCUUUUAUGUGUUGCUUGAACAGAGUUCUGUUCAAUAUCUUACCUUUUCGCUUACCAACAGACCCAAAUCAUUAUAUGAGGAAUCGUGGCAUUGUCACUCUGUGGCAAGUCCCACUGUGUACAUGCCGCAUACUGCCUUAUGUUUUUCUGUACAGAUAGUAUCUGAUUCUCACAGAAUAUUAGUACAUAAACAUCUCUACAAAAUCACAGGCCAUAAAGAUCUGUUUUUGUUUUAAAUCUGGCUUAUGCACUGAACUUUACAGUUUACAUUUCUUAAUGAUUUUGUCCAACUGUAUUUUACUUGUUUGAGUUUGAUGAAUAAAAUGCUAGACAGAUAAUGAAUGGCUAGCUAUACAAAAUUAUAUUUGUGAAAUCAGAGGCUGCAAUUUGAAAUAAGGUAUGUCUGUUGUAAAGGCAUUUUGUGAUAUAUGUGUAUAUAUGGUGUACUUAAUUUGUCAACCCCAAUCAUCCUUGUUUCUGUGAAUGUUUAUAUAAUGAGAUACUGGUCAAGGUUAUAAAUCAGUUUCCUUUUUCCCACUAACUAUUUUAUCCAAGAACAAUUUAACAUGUAUGAAUAUUGUAUUCAUAGUAGCCUUGAUAUUAAUGUACAUAGACAAAUUUCUAACUUGUUUUAUGUACUAAAAAUACUUUAUUUUCAUCUCCUGUUAAAUGUGUGCUCUUGAAUAAUGUUUCUAAAAAAAAAAUGUUGGUUCUAUUUUUAGCAGCAUUACACUGUUAGUUUGAAGGCAGUGUAAGUUUACAAAGUUCUACCUUUGAUCAUGACAGUUAAUUAUCACUUUGCACAACCUGACGUCCGUGCUGUUCACAUCUUGAGGGCAAGCAAAAGAAACAUGAACCAAUUACAUUGGUAAAAAGACCAUGGUGGUAGCCAUUGUAAUGUUUUUUUAAAAAUACGGCACCUUCCUAUCAACUGACUUCUUGAGGACUUCUAAGAUGCAGAAUAGACUGCCACCCUGUACAGCUUAUACUGUAUUUGUUAUGUAAUUGAAUUGUAAAUAUUGAAUUACAAAUGUUACUUGUUGAUGGAAACCAUUUUUUAGCCAAAUGUGCUUGUUAUUUUACAGGAACUAAUGACAAUCUAAUGUUGAAAAGUAAUUGAUAUCAGGGUAUUGGCAUUGUUUAAUUAUUUUCGGUGCUUCAUUUGUUUGCUAUCACAGCUUCUACUAAUUCAGUCACUUUAAACCUAAUGGAGAAUUGAAAAUAUUUGGUUUUCUUUUUCAGAAGACUGUUAGUCCUUGUAAGCCUCGACCAGUGUAUUCUACUGUUUGAUUGUAAAAAUAGACUUCAGGCUGCAGGUCUCUCUGACCAGAUUCAUUUAAUCCAACCAGUUGUGAACCUGUUGGAGUCCAUUUGAAGUGGAUCGUAUUUGCAGCUUUUAUUUUAAAUAGUAUCGUUAUGUCUCCCACCCUAAUUCCCAGUGGAUUCCUGGUACCUGAUGAAAACAGUAUGGUUGAGAAUAGCACGCAGUCUUGGUCAAGACUGAGAUCCUCACUUGUAAUAAAGAAGCAGCUCGUUGAGGUUCAUCUUUUAAUUUAUAUUACAUUUUGUAACAAUUCUAACCAAAUUGGACAGUGUUCUGCUGUAGGACAGUGCUUCAGGACAUUAAGCACAGGCCAUUUUGAUCUUUAAGGCUCCACCUCAAAUUUCAAGACUCCAAUUUAUAAUUUGCAUGACUAGCAGUGUUUUUCUAUGUUCCUUACGGUCAAAGGUUUCGUCUUUGCUGCCCAACGUCGAAUCAUAUGACCUAGGAAUUAAAACAUGAAAGCGCCUGUGUGUACUGGAAGCUGUGAUCUGACAAGUGGAUUCAUAAACACUAUUGAGGGGAAACCAGUUGUAGUUCAACAAGCUUUUUUGAGUUCAUGUUAAAUAUUGAAGGUAAUAAAGAACAUCAUCGUGUACCUAUUUGUGGGCUGAAUUCAGUUCAUACUUUCAAAUCCUAGAAACUCCUCCACUCCUAACAUUAGGAAGUGUGAUCCCUUCCUCUUCAACUGUUACUCUGACAUUUGCUGAAUAAGUUAUGUUAUAGUAGACUCAAAGCCAAAAGUGUGGCCUCUGAUCCACCCUCAGUUCAAUGUGAGAGGAUCAGCUAGUUGAGCUGCCAGUCAAACCUGCUUCAAUCUUUCCCAGGUAUAAGCUCCCUGGAGAAGCUAUUCUCUUGCUGGGGCCAAGAGAAAGGGCCAUUGUAGCAUAUUACAUGAGAAUUACUGAAAGCAUUAGCAAGCUUCAUUGUCUUAAACUGAUGUGGAAUGCAAGAAAUGCUAUUCUGCCAGAUGUUUCUUCUUUAAUCCACAUUCUAGGAGCUUGGUGCUAUGUGGAUUUAGCCUCUCGAGAGUUGAGGUUACCUUAAUAGUAUAGUUUAAUUUAUAGAUCUGAAAUUUGCCCUAGGCUUGGGAGUCAUGGCUGUUACCAUGAAAACUUGAAACAACACAUGGUAGAUCAGUGUUUUUUUUUAUCUCCUGAACUGUCACUUUAAAGUGCAAUUUGUAAAUCAAGUAAUGUAAAGAGACCUGCUGAAACACGAUGCGGAACAUUCUUCAGCAUUAAUUGAAUGAGGUGCGAUUAUUAUCAUUUUCAUACAAAAUCUGUUUAAUUACUGCAAUUAUUUGAACAAGUUUGAUACUGUAAAUCAAUUUUGCAGCAUUGUAAAAUAACUGAUUUAUUCUUUAAAUUGCUAUAGCAUUGUCAAACAACUGGGUUUGCCGCCUUGGAUUGUUAUUUUUGCAAUGCCUAAUAAACCAGCAUUCUCUAA